GAAGACGAACGUUUAACCACAGCAUCCUCCAGCCAUUAUCACUGUGUUCUAACUUUUUCCUUUUUUUCUCCCAUCUAGAGAACAGCUUCAUUGAGAACGUCAUUGAGUGUCUCCAGGACAUAGUGAGCAGAGAAGAUCUUCAGCUGCUGGUAACAGAAGAUGAAGCCUGGGAGACAGUCUUGGCAGAGGCAGGAUUGCCCAGGGAUGAGGCUGACACUCUCCGUGAAGCUCUGAAGGGGCUUACAGGUGACAUGGACAAGGUGGACGAAGAGAGGCAGCAAGAAGGCCAGCAUGCUAGAGAGAGGUUUUUGGACUUGUUUCCUCAACUGAAAAUGGAGCUCAUGGAGGACAUAAGAAAGCUCCGUGCUCUUGCAGGCCACGCUAACAAGGUGCACUGGAACUACACGCUCACUACUGUGCUGGGCAUUCCCAGUGCCACUGCCUCUGAUAUCUUGACCCUCCUUGACCUGGUUCUAGCAUCCUUCACAGCAAGGGGCCAUCCAGCACCCUCAGGACCAGGUGACAAGCCAAGAGCCAGAGGCAGUGUAGUUGAUUUGUCCUCUGUCCCGGUACAGCAUUCACGCACACCGCCAGAUCAAGAGGAAGCCCGAGAUUUGAUGUCAGCCAUUGUGGAAAAACUGACAAGGUUUACAGAGUCUGUGGGUCGCUUCCCACCCAAAGUAUUUUCCCCAACUGAAAACUGGAACCAGUUCCUGAAAGGCAUCGGAAAGAAUAUCAGUGCUAUCAAGCUGGCCAACAGUGACCUUGAAUUAACAAACAAGGUCAAAGUGGCCAUAAAGAUGGAGAAUAUCAUGGUCCAAGGUGGUACAGGGGUAGUACAGUCAACCUUAGGACACACUGCUACGGUGAUAAGCAGAGAAACCAAGAUAUUUUGUACAGCCACUGGAGCUGUCUUCUUGGGGCUAGACCUGUACAACCUUGUACAGGGCUCUGCGCACCUGAAGGAGGGGGAAAAGUCAGUGUUGGGUGACGCACUGCGGGAGCAGGCUCGGGAGCUGGAGAGCACAUUGGAGCACCUCGGCCAGGCCUAUGAGCAUUUGAAGUCAGGCUCAGAUGAGUAACUCCAGAAACACCCAGGUCAGGGAAGGUGUGCUACGCAAAGAUGUGGUCAGAGAGGCAGUUUAUUAGAAGGGAAGGAGGGUGAGGUCAAGGGCAUGAACCUGAGUGUCAAGGAGUUCGAUAUUUUCCUGACUGAACACAGCAAAGGAGGGAUGAACGCAGAAAGCGAGCAGGUCAAAGAGAAGGGAGGAAACAGAGCCUGAAACAAGUGACAAGAAGAGAAUGGUAAGUGUAGGAAAUGUUUUUUUAAACAUUGAAGUGUAGGAAAAGUUUUUUAAAAAGUUGACCUGGGAGUGGGGACAAAACCCAAUUCAAAUAGAGUAUUUUGGACUAAAGAAUACGUGGGGAACUGCACAGAGGCGGGUAUAGGAAUAAACAAUGGAGACAGAAAAACUAAAGAGUUGAAAAUGGCAGGAAGUCAGUGUUCAAACCACUAAAUAUAAGGGAGGAAAUAGCAGCUACACUAGAGAACACAACCACGGCUGAGGUCCCAGCAACAAGAAAGCCUGUCGCUCACAUUCUCUAGCCCUGCCCUCCCACCGUCCUUGUCUCAGUCAGACGUUGACUUCCAGAUGACGGUGGUGAUGGAGGUCGUGGUGGUGACAGUAACAGUGAUGACUGUUGAUGAUGGCAGCUGAAAUGGAACACAAAGCAAGUCGCCAUCUCUUUUUGGGGCCAGUGUGCCAAGAGGGAUCUAUAAAAAUCCCCACUGAAACUCCAAAUGCUGUGUUGGGAGAAAGGAAGUUGAUCCGGGAGUGAGGACAAAACCCAAUUCACAGAAAAGAUUAAGGGACUCGGUGGUAUGUAAAUGUCAACCACUUUGUGGUCAAGAGCUAUGGCCUUUCUGAACCUGGCUGUCCAUCCGUUGGGGGGCAUGUUGGACAAGAUGGUAUCUCAGAUCCAUCUGGCUUUUCUUGUAUAUGUUCUACAGACUUUGGUGCAAUAAAUAUUCACUAGUUAUGCUGGGGAAAAUGAGUGUAAAGAAUCAAAGUUUAUAAACAAAAGCUGCUAUGUGACCAAAGAAAAAAGCCAAGAGAUUCGGGAUUACACAGAGUGUAAUUUUUACUGGGAAACUUUGCAUGGAAGCCUGGUAAAGGGCAGGCCACAAAGUGAGUGG